AUGCCGAAUAUCGGAGCUCCUCCAGGCGAGGUGUCUACCUUUGAAUGGGGUCCUCUAAUUCAUACAGUAGUUUUCAUCAUUUACGGCGUCAUUAUGAUACUCAGUCUGUUGGGUAACACCAUUGUCAUCCUCGUCAUUCUUCGCUGCAAGUCGAUGCAAUCAAUAACGAACCUCUUCAUCACCAACCUUGCUGUCUCCGACCUACUCAUGAGUCUGGUUGCGGCGCCAUUCACACCCAUUGCUGUGUUCUCUGACACAUGGGUGCUACCUCAGCUUCUCUGCAAGCUCCUCAGCUUCACCAUGGGUGUUUCUGUGUAUGUCUCUACACUAACGUCUACAGCCAUUGCGGUGGAUCGAUAUCUGGUCAUUGUGCAUCCCUUCUUCUCAAAAAUGCGCAAAUGGAUGUGCGGAACCAUAAUAGCUACGAUCUGGGCGAUCGCCACGCUCAUCUGCCUACCGCUCGCCAUCCAUCAAACCACUACCGUCGAUCCCAUCCUAAAUGUAACAAUUUGUACGGAAUUCUGGCCUCCUGGGGAGUCUAGACGGAUAUUUUCAAUCCUCAGUUUUGUAUUUCAAUUUGUGGCGCCCUCUGUGGUGAUAUCCUUUUGCUACUUCUACGUAAGUCGACUUUUGAGGAAUCGCCGCCAACAAAAGCUGGGGUCUCGAUUGCGCAGCACUCAAAAACAGGACCUUGAAGCACGAAGGCACAAUAAAACUAACAGGAUGCUCAUAGCCAUGGUGGUUGUGUUCGUGGUGUGUUGGAUUCCACUGAAUGCGCUGUCGAUAUACAGUGAUAUCAAGACCAACGACCCUAAUUUCACAUUGCCCUAUUUCAACGCAAUCUUCGUGACCUGCCAUAUUAUCGCAAUGAGCUCGGCCGUCUAUAAUCCUCUGCUUUACGCCUGGCUUAGUGAGACCUUCCGACGCAACCUGAGAACCCUCGUGCCACAAUGGCGUGUAAAAUCGGGUGCUGUUGGUGCCCUUGAUGCCGCUACUGCUGUUGAUGCUGCCGCAGAAGCGGUGCUAAGAACAAGCGGCGUAAACGAUAUCGACUUGGCACGUAAAAACAUAGAGUCUCAAACAUGUUCUGGUGAUGGAGAAAUGGAAGUUCUUCCGUAUAUUCAAUUGCAGGAGACAGGUCGAUCUGACCUGGGGGUGCAAAAUGAUCUCAAGAAGAGUGAACAUUGA